AUGGAGAAAAGGCAGCUGGAUUUCAGUGCACCCCUUCUAUCUGCAAGGCGGUUAUCAUCCCCCCGUAAGUCAUCCGAGCUCGUCCAUCGGAAAUCUGUCGAGAAACGGGUCCCACCUGAGGGCCGAACCAAACCGGCCGCUGUCCCAUUCAACUGGGAACAAACCCCUGGCCGGGCCAAGAACGAGCCCAAACCCAAACCCCGCUUUCCUACCACCACAACCACUCCCAGACUUCCCCCCGGUUGGGUCCACUCUGGCGAGCGCAAAUUCGACCGUGGGCCCACCAACCCGACCAUCUACGGCGACCACGCCAGCCUCAUCGAGAAACUAGACGAGAGCUUGAAAUGCAAAGACGAGUCCGAAAAUUCGGACGCUGAAAACGUGGAGGAAACGUAUUCGGAUGCGAUAAACGCGCUCUCGCUGAACGACUCGUGCAGCGUUAGCGAUGUGAGUGGGAAUCACGGGACUUCCGGAAGGUUCUCAGUCGACAAGCAGACUCGAGACUUGAUGAUGAGCCGGUUCCUGCCGGCGGCGAAGGCGGUGGUGGUCCUGGAGACCCCUCAGUACGCGGCCAAGAAGCCAGCGGUGGUGGGGCCCUCGGACGAGGGAGCGGUUAAGGAGGUUAAGAAAAAAGUGGUUUACGGGUCUUCUGGGAUACUUCGGCCUUAUGGGACGGACGAUUUUGAUGGUGGGGAGAGUGAGGAUGAGGAGGAGGAUGGGGAGAGGGGUACUCUAGUGCGAGUCAAGAAGGCGGCUGGGAAGUCGUGGGGAAUUAUCCCCCGCAUAUGCGUGAAGAGAUCACUGUGCCUGCUGAAACCAAUACCGGCUAUGAAGUCUAGUAGCCGUCACCCGACACCUACGGCCGGCGAGGAGAGGAGGUUGAGGAGGAAUCCGAGUGGGCCCCUUGACAAGGUAAUUUUUUUCGCAUUUUCUUCUGUUUUUAGUUGGAUGAGUUACUUGCAGGGUGUGCUUUCUGAUGAUUAG